CAGGGAGAGGACUUUCAGCUCCUCUUUAUUGUCACCUCUGAGGGCUACCAGAUCAAAAUAAACAGCAGUGACUAUCACCUGUUCAAACACCGCAUGCCAGUGGAGGAGGUGGAUGCCAUUCGCAUUCUGGGAGACUUUGAUUUGAACCUAAUGAACAUCAUCGGGGGAGGAAAAGGGUUCAUCCAGGGAUACCCAGGCCUUGGACAGAUGAUGAGCAUCCCAUACGUUGGGUCCAUCUACGGUGGCCUGAGGAAGGGCAUGUCUGUGCACAUCCAGGGAGCGGUUCCCAGUGACGCCACCAGGUUCCACAUCAGCCUGCAGUGUGCUGAGGCCAGAUGUAGCAACAAAGCCUUGUACAUCAACCCCCGCUUCAUCCCUGCCGGGGUGGUCGUAUUCAACAGCUUCAUGGAGGGCAAAUUCGAGGAGCAGGAGAGGCCCACCGAUAUGCCCUUAGAGCUGGGGGAGAGCUUUGACAUUGUCAUCGUUGUCAAAGAAGAGGGCUACCAGGUGAAUGUAAAUGGCAGAGAGUUUUACAUGUUCAAGCAUCGUAUGCCAGUGGAGAGGGUGCUGGCCGUGGCCAUUGGUGGAGACGUGUACGUGGGGUCCGUCAACAUCACAGGGAAAGACACAUAUACCCAGCCCAUCCCUGGUGGUUUGAAGGCGGGGACGUAUCUGUACUUUCGGGGAUCUCUUCCCACCCAUAACUCUAACAGGUUCCACCUUAACCUGCAGGCUGGGGAUGAUCUUGCCUUACACUUCAAUCCCCGAAUCCAAAGCAGAAUUGUGGCGCUUAACUCCAGGUUGAACAAUGGAUGGGGCAAGCAGGAAAACGUUGAGGAGUUCCCCUUCCGGAAGGGGGAACCCUUCGAGUUGGUCUUCUUUGUCACUUCAGAGGGAUACGAGGCCGAUGCUCCCUCCCUCAACAUCGAUGGCGGCCUGAAGCCAGGAAUGUCUCUGUACUUCGAAGGAACGGUUCACACUGACACCAGAAGAUUCGCCAUUAACCUGGUGUCUGGGGAUAAUGACAUUCUACUACACUUCAACCCCCGAUUCGAACCUGACGUAUUGGUGAUGAACACCGAGGCAAAUGGAUGGCAAAAUGAGGAAAGGGAGGACUGCCCCCUUCAGAAGGGAAAGGACUUUCAGCUGCUCUUCAAGGUCACCUCCGAGGCCUACGAGAUCAUUGUUAAUGGCAGUAAUGUACACACGUACAAGCACCGCUUGCCAGUGGAACAGGUGACCCACAUCGGAAUCCGUGGGGGCGUUACUAUGCAAACCGUCAAGGUCUUCAAGGAACAAGGAAUCAUAAAGGUGUAUCCAGGACCAGGAAAUGUGAAGGAUGGAGGACAUUCCCAGGACAUUGAUGGCGGUUUAAGGCCAGGAAUGUCUCUAUGCCUCCAAGGAACAGCUCCCGAGGGGAACCCGGACAGAUUCAACAUUGACCUGAUGUCUGGGGAUGACAUCGUAUUGCACUUCAAAGUGUAUUACAGGUUUGGGUUAGUUGUGUUCAACACCAAGGUGGGAGGUUGGCAGCGUGAGGAGAGGGUCGGUGAUCAGCCCAUCCAAGCAGGAAGGAACUUUGACCUUAUCUUCAAUGUCACUUUAAAAGGCUACCAGGUGAUCAUUAAUGAACGUCCGUUCUACCUCUACAAGCACCGCAUGGCAGCGGAUAGUGUGACCACCAUGUGUAUCGGAGGAGACGUCUCCUUCCACGCAAUCAACAUCAUCAGGGACAGUACAGGCGGUGAGGAAACAGGCUACAACUGGAGAUUCCUGCCUAUGUUGAGCACACAACCAACCUACAACCCGUCCAUUCCCUUCUCCACGAUGAUCCCCGAGGGGAUGAGUCUUAAGAAGACCAUGGUUUUUGGUGGCAGAGUGCUAUCUGGAGCCGACAGGUUCGCUUUUGACUUCAUUGCGAGCAGCACUGGAGACAGAGUCUUUCAUUUUAACCCACGGCUAAAGGAGAACUCGGUGGUGCGGAACAGCUAUAUUCGUAAGAGUUGGGGGUCGGAGGAGAGCUAUGUAAAAUCCAACCCUUUCCGUGAGGGCGAGUUCUUUGAGGUCAUGAUUCGGUGUGGGAGGCAGAAGUUUAAAGUUUUCGCAAACGGGAAGCACAUGUUUGACUAUUGGCACCGUUUCCAGCUAUUUACUGAGAUCGACAGCCUGACCAUCCAGGGGGAUGUGCAGCUGCUCUACGUACUUAUCUGAGCCUUGCUGUUCUGAACUUACUACUCUGAUACCCUACUGUGAUGACUGAUGUCACAGUUCUGAUACUUUCCUUUCAUGUCACUGUUCUCAUAUCCUGCUGUGAUAUCACUCUUCCAAUGUCACUGUUCUGAUACCUGAUGUCACUGUUCUGAUGCCCUGCUUUGAAGCCCCCUCACAUCCUAGCUUUUAGUCCUAGAUGCCCACUACAGAGUCCACAGUUUCCUGCCUCAUUCCUCUGCCUUCCUCUCAUUAAGGCUGUUUGUUUACUGGUGUUAGGGGCUGUGUUUCAUUAAAGAAACUUAAUAAACAUUUUCAUGCAUUUUAAA